CUUUUUUUAGACUCUAUGAUUACAUCUUCGAAUUCUCCAUCUUUCUAUAUAUAAAAGCCAAAAGUCUGGAAAAAACAAGAGAGAAAAAAGAUCUAAAAAAUAAUAGUUAGAAAAUGGGAGAUGUGAGAAGAAAUAGUAAUCUUGGAGUUUUGGGAGUUUCUAUGUGUGGUGCUGCACAAGAAAUUGAACAAUUGAGUAGAGAUAGUAGUCAUUAUAGUCUUUCUACUGGUAUUCUUCCUUCUCUUGGUGCUAGAAGUAAUCGAAGAGUUAAGCUUCAACGGUUUAUUAUUUCUCCUUAUGAUCGCCAUUACAGGUUAUGGGAGACUUUUCUAGUUGCACUCGUCGUCUACACUGCUUGGGUUUCCCCGUUUGAGUUCGGGUUUCUGAAAAAACCAACAGGACCACUCGCCGUGACUGACAAUGUUGUCAAUGGAUUCUUCGCAAUUGAUAUCGUUCUUACCUUCUUUGUAGCUUACUUGGAUCGAACAACGUAUCUACUUGUCGAUAAUCACAGAAAGAUUGCUUGGAAGUAUGCAAGUACUUGGUUUUUAUUUGAUGUCAUAUCAACAAUCCCUUCAGAACUCGCUCGAAAGAUCUCCCCGAAACCUUUACGCCAAUAUGGCUUAUUCAAUAUGCUUCGCUUGUGGCGUCUACGAAGAGUUAGUGCAUUGUUUGCCAGAUUGGAGAAAGAUAGGAACUUCAAUUACUUUUGGGUUCGGUGUGCGAAGCUUAUUUGUGUCACUCUUUUUGCCGUUCAUUGUGCCGGAUGCUUUUAUUAUCUGAUCGCAGCUAAUUAUCCAAACCCGAGCAAGACAUGGAUCGGAGCUUCUAUGGGCGACUUCCUUAAUCAGAGCCUAUGGAUUCGUUAUAUCACUUCUAUUUAUUGGUCCAUAACUACUCUAACUACGGUUGGUUAUGGUGAUCUGCAUCCAGAGAAUACGCGGGAGAUGAUCUUCGAUAUUUUCUACAUGCUUUUUAACUUGGGAUUGACAGCAUAUUUAAUAGGAAAUAUGACCAACUUGGUUGUGCACGGGACAAGUAGGACUAGAAAAUUUAGAGACACAAUUCAAGCAGCUUCAAGCUUUGCACAGAGGAACCAAUUGCCGGCUCGCCUCCAAGAUCAGAUGCUUGCACACUUGUGCUUGAAGUUCAGAACCGACUCGGAGGGGCUGCAGCAGCAAGAGACGCUUGAAUCUCUUCCUAAAGCCAUCCGGUCAAGCGUUUCGCAUUUUCUUUUCUACUCUUUAGUAGAUAAGGUUUACUUGUUUCGUGGGGUGUCAAACGAUCUACUCUUCCAGCUGGUCUCGGAAAUGAAGGCAGAAUAUUUUCCUCCCAAAGAAGAUGUCAUUUUGCAGAAUGAAGCACCAACUGAUUUCUAUAUUCUUGUAACAGGAGCUGUGGAUCUAUUGGUGCUUAAAAACGGAGUUGAACAGGUUGUUGGAGAGGCGAAGACUGGUGAUCUCUGUGGUGAAAUUGGGGUUCUUUGUUACAGGCCUCAACUCUUUACCGUACGAACAAGGAGAUUAUGCCAGCUACUACGUAUGAACCGUACCACAUUUCUGAAUAUCGUCCAGGCUAAUGUUGGGGACGGGACCAUAAUCAUGAAUAAUCUCCUUCAGCAUUUGAAGGACAUAAAGGAUCCAAUAAUGGAGGGAGUUCUUCUGGAGACAGAACGCAUGCUCGCUCGUGGUAGAAUGGAUCUGCCUCUCACCCUUUGUUUCGCAACGCUUAGAGGUGAUGACUUGUUGUUGCAUCAGUUGUUGAAGCGGGGUCUUGAUCCAAAUGAAUCGGAUAACAAUGGAAGAUCCGCUCUGCAUGUCGCAGCGUCUACAGGAAUUGAGAGUUGUGUGGUUCUUCUGCUUGAUUUUGGUGCUGAUGUCAACAGUAGAGAUUCAGAAGGCAAUGUCCCAUUGUGGGAGGCUAUCUCGGGGAAGCACGAGCCGGUGAUCAAGUUACUCGUUGACAACGGUGCUAAACUAUCAGCUGGUGAUGUGGGACAUUUCGCCUGCGUUGCUGCUGAACAGAACAACUUGAAUUUACUCAAGGAUAUUGUCCGCUACGGCGGGGAUGUCACGCGUCCCAAAGUCAACGGCUCAUCAGCACUUCAUGUUGCUGUUUGUGAAGGAAACAUGGAAAUAGUAAAAUACCUUUUGGAUCGAGGGGCUAACGUUGACCAAGUAGACGAACAUGGUUGGACCCCUCGGGAUCUUGCUGAGCAACAAGGACAUGAAGACAUCAAAGAACUCUUCGAAUCCGGGGAAGUUAUGAGAACUCGAUCCGUUGAUCCUAUCCCUGAGGAACGACAUGGGGUUCGGUUUCUUGGUAGGUUCAAAAGCGAGCCAACUAUCUUCCCUGCAUCACACGGAGCAUCAUUUCUAGCAUCCGGUGGAUCAUUAGGGCGAUCACGUCCUAGACGUAGGACUAAUAACUUCCACAACUCAUUAUUUGGGAUAAUGUCAGCCGUGCAGACCAAUGAGCACGACGUGGUUUUAUCUGCAAACGAGGCAAAUGUAAGUGCCACGACAACCAAGACUUACGCUCCUAGAGUGACUGUGUGUUGCCCCGAGAAAGGGGACAAUGGAGGUAAGCUUGUUUUACUUCCACCGAGUUUUCAAGAACUACUUCAAAUUGGUUCUAAUAGAUAUGGAAUCUUGCAAGUCAAAGUUAUAAGCAAAGAUGGAGCUGAGAUUGAUGAUAUAGAGUUGAUCAGGGACGGAGAUCGUUUAAUUUUUGUUAGUGAUAAAGAAAACAAUGAAACUGAUAAUCAUCAGAAUGGUGAUGAGUUGAGGUGAAAACCAAAAUUGUAAAAUAGGUCUUUUUUUUAUAUGAUCUUCCUUUUACUUGAAUUAUACUUCUUCAUUCUUCUUUGGGGGUAGGGGAGAUUGGUAAUUUGGGAUGAACAGGUUAAUUGUAAUACUGACAGCCAAUUUGUGAACAUGUAAGUGAAAAGGAUGUGCACAUCCAGUUACCACUUUGUCUAAUUUACAGAAGUUGAGAGUUCAGAAACUCCUCUGAAACCUCUUUUGACUUA